ACGAUUGUCUAAAAGUGAAAAGUAUAUUUCAUUUCUUGCAAUAAAUAAAACAAAAAUAUGGUUUAUAUACAUUUCCCAACCACUUUAACCGAGGAAGAGCAUAUGCUGCAAGCAAAAUAUCAAAAACUAAAGAAAAAGAAAAAAGCCUUGCAAGCGUUAAAAGCACCAAAACCAGAACCAGAGAAACCACUAACAUUGAAGCGUCCCACUGAUGCUCGCGAUGCACGUGAAGUAGCGCGUAAAUUAAUUAAAAGUGGCGCAAUACCAGCUAUCCAAAAGCAGCAAACCAAACAAGACCAAACCUCAUUUAAACGUCCCAAGGGACAAGAGCGCGCUAAGCGUGCGCCCGAAACCAGCGUAGCAGCCUAUCAACCAUUCUCGUCUACACAAAAUGAUGUGGCACAGGAGACAAUCAUUAGUGAAAUCAUAAAAGAAGAACCGCGUAUGCAAAACCUUUAUCAACAUUUCGCCACUGAACGCGAUCGCAAAGAACGUGGUCUAAAUGAUAAAACGCCAUUGGAUUCAACACAACCAGAAAAGCCACGCACCGGCAAUACCAUAUUCGUUUCGGGCAAUAAAGUAACCGAAGAAUUUUUGAAGAAAACUUUCAACGAUUAUGGCACAAUUGUUAAUGUAUCAAUGGAAAUUGAGAAAAGUCGUGGGUUCGUUUCGUUUGCUAAACCAGAAUCAGCUGAUCGUGCUAUUGCCGAAAUGCAUGGCAAAAGCGUUAACGGGAUUAAUUUGCAAGUGCAACUGGCGCGCCGUCAACCACAAAUUGAGCCUAUAAAUGACGCUUCAUCUUCGGCCGUGUGGUCGUCUAUAGCGGCGAGUGAUUCGCAAAAGGGCAGCCACAAAGACGGCCGCGAAAUGGUUCAGUAUGACGAGGACUUUUUACUGCAAACAAGUUUUGAAUAAAUAGUGUUUAAAAAUUUAAUAUAUAAUAAUAUACCAACUAAGUUAUAAGCCUACGCCAGCGUUAGCAGCAAUAACUUAACAGCAUUUUCCCACAGUUAUGAAGCAAAUUGUGAAAAUUUUCCGCUUUAAGGUAGGCAAAGGCCAACAAUAUGUACACAAGUAGUUUGUUUGAACUUUACUUUAUUGAAAAAUUUUACACUUUCAGUAUUUCUUAAUAUGAGUGUGUAUGAAUUUUGAAUAUAUAAUUAUUAUAAAUAAUAAA